AUGUCUGGGCUAAGCCCCAUAGAUAUAGACGGAGCUGACCACCACAACCCUUCAGUAUUUAUGCACGAGCUUCAGUCAGAACCAUCAGAAGGCAAGCAGAGGAUCAUGUCUUGUAGUAAAUACAUGCCAGCUCCAGUGUGUCUCAUUGAAAACGAUGAAAAUGGGAAGCUACACAUGAAGAAAGAGGCCAAAGCCAUUCUGGAUGGGAUCAAUGAGCCGGUGGUGGUGGUGUCUGUGGUGGGACUCUACCGUACGGGGAAGUCUUACCUAAUGAACCGCCUGGCAGGACAACAGUCAGGCUUUGCUCUCGGCAGCACUAUUGAAUCAAAGACCAAAGGCAUCUGGAUGUGGUGUGUCCGUCACCCUAAUAAAAAAGGACACACUCUGGUGCUGCUGGACACAGAGGGACUUGGUGACGUGGCGAAAGGAGACUCUAAGAAUGACGGCUGGAUCUUCUGUCUGGCUGUUCUGCUCAGCAGCACAUUGGUGUACAACAGCCGCGGCACACCCUGA